UCUUUCUCUCUCUCCCAUUUGACGAAUCGCUAAAGCCAAAUUUCUCACACUCUAAUCCCUUCUCACUCAGUAUCUCCCCACCAAAGCUCCCAGCGAAUAUCCUUCCCAAAAUACCCUUCACCGCUCUCUUAAUUUUCAGAUCGGGACCCUAACCUCAUCGACAUGAACCAUUAUCACAUGUACGAAGCCAUCGGCCGUGGCAAAUACUCGAAUGUGUAUAAAGGAAGGAAGAAGAAGACGAUCGAGUAUUUCGCAAUCAAAAGCGUCGACAAAUCACAGCGGAGCAAAGUUCUUCAAGAAGUUAGGAUACUUCACUCUUUAAAUGAUCCGAAUAUACUAAAGUUUUACUCAUGGUACGAAACUUCUGCACAUUUGUGGUUAGUUUUGGAAUACUGUACCGGCGGAGAUCUCAUGACCUUAUUACGGCAGGAUGGUCAACUGCCUGAAGAUUCAAUUCAUUUUUUGGCCUAUGAUCUUGUCAAAGCUUUGCAAUAUUUACAUUCAAAAGGAAUCAUUUACUGCGAUUUAAAACCAUCAAACAUCCUUUUGGACGAGAAUGGGCAUACUAAGUUAUGUGACUUUGCACUAGCAAGAAAGUUGAGUGAUAUAUCUAAAACACCUUCUUCUAUGCUGCCACAAGCAAAACGUGGAACACCCUGUUAUAUGGCUCCUGAAUUGUUUGAGGAUGGAGGUGUUCAUUCUUAUGCAUCUGAUUUUUGGGCCCUAGGUUGUGUGCUAUACGAGUGUUAUGCAGGAAAGCCUCCUUUUGUAGGAAGGGAAUUCACUCAGCUUGUAAAAUCCAUCCUCUCGGAUCCGACUCCUCCACUCCCAGGAAGUCCAAGCCCUUCUUUUGUCAAUCUUGUUAAUUCUCUCCUGGUUAAAGAUCCAGCGGAGAGAAUAAAGUGGUCUGAGCUUUGUGUUCAUGCCUUUUGGAGGUCUAAAUUUUCUCUAGUACCUUUACCUCCACAGCCUGCUUUUGAAAAUAUGAUAGAGUUAUAUGCUAAGCCAUGUCUCUCAGAGCGUAAUGGUGACAGAUCUCAAAGCAAGACCCCUCCUAAAAAUAGGGAAAAAGAUCUAAAAGGGGCUUCAAGAAAGGACGAGAAUUCUCUGGUGGGUUUAAGAGGGCAUGAGACACCUGUUAAGGGUACACCAAUUGGGCGUAAAACUCAAAUAAAGACUCCUGGAAAAGGAAUGGAGGAGAAGCAUAAAGAUCAUUCCAGUGCUAUUAAGCGUGUGAACCUCUUGAGGUUGUCUAGAAUAGCCAAAACAAACUUACAGAAGGAGAAUGAGAAGGAAAAUUACAGAAGGCCCUUGCCAAAUAACUCUGAGAAUGAAUCUGAAGUUAAAAUUGAGAACAAUGAUAUGGAACUUGAUUUUGAUGAGAACACUGAAGAGGAAGGGCAAGAUGAACCAGAUGGGUCAGAUACCCCAACUUGUACGACUGAAGACAAAUUUUCAAGUCAGAAUCAGCAACAGUUCAAAGUGGAAGAGAGGGAUAAUAACAUUGACCGAUCAGAUGGUCCAGCUGUGAGUAAUUUGCCUGCCUCAGAUGACUCAAAAACAUAUGAUCAGGAAUCAUCUUCAUAUCAGGUUGAAGCAGCUGCCGCCCCACCCAGUGUCAGUUCACAACACAGAAAUCAGAGAAUCAAGGAAAGUCCAGGGUAUGCCCUUGAGUCUGAUUAUUCAAAAUCAUCCAAUAAUAUCUCAGAAGUUCUCUGGCAUCCUUCUGAUCUUUCUGUAAGACCUGUAAUGCCAAGCAGAAAAUCUGAUAAAAUGUCAGAGGUAAUUCCUUCACUACCCUUUGAGGCUUUGCAACCAUCUGAUUUCAUAAAGAUGGCGAAGGAGCAGUUGGAUGCACUCAACAAUAGGAUCAUAUCAAUAUUUGGUGGAAAUUCCGGUAUUGGUGAGAAGCAAAAUGUGAUUAGAUACCUCGAGAUGCUUAGUAAUAAUGCAGAUGCAGCCAAUGUCUUGACCAAUGGACCGAUAAUGCUCAUGCUUGUCAAAAUGUUCAGGCAGUCCAAGACUUCAGCUUUGCGUGUUCAACUUGCUUCACUGAUUGGUUUGCUCAUUCGGCAUUCUACUUUCAUUGAAGAUGACUUAGCAAAUUCUGGAAUUUUAGGUGCACUUACUGAUGGUCUCAGAGACAGGCAGGAAAAAGUGAGGAGAUUUUCUAUGGCUGCUUUAGGGGAAUUACUGUUCUAUAUUUCCACUCAGAACGAGCAUGCAAGAGAUAAUAAUCCGCCUGAAUCUCCAUCAAAAGACAACAGGCCUGUAUCUGGCUGGCAGGUUCAAAAUUCAUUGAUUUCAUUGGUGUCAUCAGUUUUACGCAAAGGAGAGGAUGAUAUGACUCAACUUUACGCACUUAGGACAAUUGAAAAUAUUUGCAGCCAAGGAGGACAUUGGGCCACUCGUUUCACCAGCCAGGAUGUGAUCAGUAACCUGUGUUACAUUUAUAGGGCUGCAGGGAAGCAGGAGAGCAUGAGGCUAACUGCAGGAUCUUGUUUGGUUCGCCUCGUUCGUUUCAGUCCCCAUUGCAUUCAAUCAGUUAUAGACAAACUUUCACUCAAGGAUAUCGCAUCUGCUCUUAUCAAGGGCAAUCUGCGUGAACAGCAAAUCAGCUUAAAUAUUCUAAAUAUGGCUAUGCUUGGAAGCCAUAUGUUCACAAAUAUUGGACGGUACCUUCUACCAUUGGUGGAGGACAAGAAUCUGGUGCCUAGUCUUGCGUCUCUUAUUGAGCAAGGAAGUGAAGUUUUGCGGGGCAAAGCACUUGUUUUUGUGGCUCUUCUUUGUAAGAACGGUAGGAGGUGGUUACCACAAUUCUUUUGCAACGCAAGGUUACUCCCCACAGUGGACAGAUUGGCAAAAGAGAAGGAUAACUAUCUACAGCAGUGUCUAGAUUCAUUUCUUCAUGUUGUGGCAUCUACAGUGCCUGCCUUACUGGAUGGUAUAACUGGAGAUAUUCAGCAAAUGAUGGGAGGAAGGCGACAUGGGCAGAUCUCUGCCCUUACCAGUCGUGCUGCUCCCAAGAACAAUAUUCAUUUGUUUCCUGUCAUUCUUCAUCUUCUUGGGAGCUCAUCUUUCAGAAACAGAGUGGUCACUCAUCAGGUCUUGCGGCAGUUGGCAAACCUUAUCCAAGUUGUGGAGACACCGUUUCAAGGGCGGGACGAUUUCCAAAUAACAUUGUUACGAAUUCUGGAAUCUAUCCCUGAAGAGUCUCCAGUAAUUCUUGAAAGCCCAAAUGAUUUUAUCCGUGGAAUUCUCCCUAGCCUUGCUGUUCUUUACAAGGGCAACAAAGAUGGUAAUGCCAGAUUUUUGUGCCUGAAAAUUAUGUUUGAUGUGAUGGUCAUCUUCUUGAAUGAACCUUCAUUAAACGAUCAAAGGUCAGAGGAUCUGAAAUUGAUAUCUAAUUCUCAUUUUCUUCCUCUUUACCCCGCCUUGAUUGAAGAUGAAGAUCCCAUUCCCAUGUAUGCACAGAAGCUUCUAGUGAUGCUCAUUGAGUUUGAUUAUAUUAAAAUCUCUGACAUUUUAGAUCUGAAAAUGGUCUCAAAAUGUUUUGAAUUUUUGCUUGGCGAUCUGACAAAUGCAAAUGUAAACAAUGUCAAACUGUGUCUGGCUUUGGCAUCUGCUCCAGAGAUGGAUUUCAAGUUACUUUCGCAGCUCAAGGUAGUUAGGAAGAUUGGAAAUCUUUUGGAGUUUGUAUACGCGAAGGAUAUGGAAGAUUUUCUUGAGCCAACCCUUUGCUUGUGUAGGGCUUUUCUUCUGCGCUCUGUAGGCAGUAGAAAAGAUUUUGUUUAUACCAAAGAACCCACACUUUUAGGUGAUGGUUCUUCUGAGUCAACGGGUCCAGUUGAUCAGCAGCAAUACAUAAGAGAUAUAAUGGAUUUUGGCAGCAAUGUUGGAGUGUUGCUAGAGUUAAGUGCAUCUCGUGAAGCAAGCGUUGCAGACAUAGCCUCGGAAUGUGUUGUAUUGUUGCUCAAGGCAGCUCCAAGGGAAGCCACAACUGGAUUCCUAACUAAUCUUCCAAAGGCAGGUUCAAUCCUGGAGGCCUGGCGCAAGGGCAUCUCUCACUUGCUCUUGCAGCGGAUACUUCAUGCUGUUGGUUAUUCCUGUAGACAGUACCUGUCACAUGCCAUGAUACUAUCCAUUUCUAAACCUGAAAUUACACGUAUUGAAGGCAUCGUUGCUGAGCUGAAAAGCUCAAGUAUACCUGGAUUAGCCAAUGUUGCUUCGCUUGUAAUCUCGGAAUUGCAGCGGCUGCCACGUUGCAUCUAAAGUUCUUGAGGCAUUGUGGAGUAACUGAUUUUUUCAAAAGGACAAGCUCAACAUGUUUAUGGGGUUCUGGACUCGGGUGGUCAAAAUGAACCAUGUUUGAGGUGAGUUAUAUUUUAUUAUUCAGUACUCCUCCGGGCCUGUAACUAUAAAAUCCAUGUAUACUCCGUAUCAUCCUUGAUAUAUUCAAUUUAAGCCUUUUUCUUUCUUUC